AUAACAUAUCAUAUGGUGUUUGUACAUAAAUAGAUAAAUUUAAUACUUAGAGCUGUAAAUUAAAAUAUUUCGUUGGCACAAAUAGUUGCUGCUUUUAUUAGGUAGUUUUAAAAAAUGGACUUACAGUUCUUGCUGUGCCUUGUGGUACUGCUAGGAACACGUCUGGCACAGAAAAUAAGAUAUGAUGGUUUUUCAGUUCUUCGAGUCGUUCCAAAAACUGAAAAAGAGCUAUUUGCUUUGAAGGAAAUACUGGAAAAUAACCGUCAGUUUGAGAUAGAUGUAUGGAGAUUCGCUGGUGUUGUUGGCAAGCAUGCGGACAUCCAGGUCUCCCCAAAACAUUUCUUGCAACUGAAUCAGACCCUUGCAGAGAAUGGGCUUUCACCAAAGAUUACUGUGCGGGAUGUACAGAAAUUGAUAGCCGAACAGGAACUUAAGAACCACGAAGUCAAAGAAACUGCUGGUGUUUUUGAAUACGGAAAAUAUCACACACUGGAUGAGGUAAACAAUUGGAUUGACAAUAUAACCAAGUACUAUCCAAAUAUCACUACUGUCUUUGAAAUCACAAAAUCUUACGAAGGACGAACCAUUAGAGGAAUUCGGAUUUCUACAGGUGAGGGUAACUCCAAACCCAGUUUUUUCAUCGAGGGAGGUAUUCACUCCAGAGAAUGGAUUUCACCAGCCACAGUAUUGUACAUGGCUGGGCAGAUGCUUGAUAGAUAUUCAGCCGACCAGCGGAUAAAACAGCUAGUAGACAGUUUUAACUGGUUUAUUCUGCCUGUGUUCAACGUAGAUGGUUAUGAGUAUACUUGGACAAAGAACCGUAACUGGAGAAAAACUCGCUCAAAGCAUGGUCUGUGUACUGGUGUUGAUCCCAACAGAAACUGGGACUAUGAAUGGUGCAAGGAGGGAGCGAGCAAGGACCCAUGUUCAGACAUGUAUUGUGGCCCAAAAGCAUUUUCAGAGGUAGAGGUUAAAGGUGUUGCUGAUUUCAUAAUGAAGAACUCUAAGAUGAUGAAAGGUUUUAUCGACUUUCACAGCUUCUCUCAGUUAUGGAUGAGUCCGUGGGGAUAUACCACGAAACUCCCUCCAGAUUUUAAAGACCAAGACAAAGGUUCUGAAUUAGCGGUGGAAGCCCUGGAAAAGGUGUUUGGAACCAAAUACCAGCAUGGCAGUAUUGGUAACACUAUAUACGUUGCGAGCGGAAGUAGUGCUGACUGGACUUAUGGAGCAGCUAAGAUCAAAUAUUCCUACGGCGUAGAGUUACGGGACACUGGAAAAUACGGGUUUCUCCUACCGCCAGAUCAAAUAAUUCCAUCUGGAAAAGAGACUUUAGAGGCCCUUAUUGCUUUAGCAAACUUUGUAGUAAAUAAUUGAUUUCUAUGAAUUGUAGUAUAUGACAAAAUUAAAAAAUAUUCAGUGAAAUA